AAACAUAUUGAUCAUCGAUCAAAAGUUUGGAAGAAUACAAAUCUUGAUAAAGAAAUUAAAUAGGAUAAUAGAAAAUGAUACAAUUGGAAUUACAAAGAAGUCGAAGAAUUUCUUCGUGGCGAAACAUUAAUGGCCUGCUGUCUGUCUCUGUGUGUUGCAGCGGCAGUACUAGCGAGUCAGCAGGCCGCCGCGGUAGCCGCCUCGGUGAUCUCGCCAUUUCCGCCCAAGUGACCCGCGGCCCCCGGUCCCGUACUAGCCGGUGGAACCGGCGGAACCGCCGGAAGCAGCUCCGCACAAACUCACCACGCGCCGCAUCCGGCCUCGAGCGGUGCCGUCGCGGGCAGACAACCCUAAGGAAAAUCCCUAAGGAACUCUCUAGAGGAUCGCCUUAUUCUUUUUAUUUCGAAUCAAUUUACUUGCUCACGCCAUUUUUCUCUAAUUCUCUCUCUCUCUGUCUCUAUCUCUCUUUCUCUUUGUCUCUCUCUGAAUUAUUGUCUCUAUCUCUCUAUCUCUCUUUUUUCUCUCUCUAUUUUUAUCUAUCAAUCAUGUUUCUUCGGACCAGUCGUAAAGAGGCUGAUAAAAUUGUACUUAAAAUCACGAGGAGUCCCGGACAAACUUCGGCUAUCUUCGAAGAGAUCAUCCUCGCUCAGCAGUCUCUCGUUCGUCAGAGUUCAAACGAAGAAUAAGUGAGAUCUUGUCGAGUUUUUCUCAAGAAUAUAUCAUUGAUGAAUCAUUUCUUUUCCUCGAAGUGAAUUUUUCGUCAAAGUUUUUUGUAUCUCGAAGUAUCACGAUAACGAUUGAAAGUAGUCCCUCUUCCUGUCCCCUUUUCUCUCUCUCUCUCUCUCUCUCUCUCUCUCUCUCUCUCUCUCUUACUCUCUUACUCUCUUUUUUUCCUCUUUCUCUUUCUCUCCAGCUUCGAUGCAAGCGCGUGGAUCAACCUUCAUGUAUAUAUAUACCUACAUAAAUGCAUACAUACAUACAUAAAUGCAUACAUACAUAAAUACGAACGUAUAUCCGAGGUUCGAUGCAGAACCAAAAUGGUUGAAACAUUUUUCCUUUGUAAAUAAUGUGUAAAUAAAAUGAUGUAAGCAUAUAAUAUUACUCUCGUUCUCGGACAAGCAUCGUCGUCGUAUCCGAUAUACGUAAGCGAUAAGUGUAAAAUAUAUAUCAUAGAACUGAGUAAAGUUUUUAUCUAACAGAAUAAAUAAACGAUACGCGAGAAUGAUGUUUUAUUAAUUGCGCUUGUUAGUGUGGACGAGAAUUCGAUUUUAUCAUUUCGACUCACGAAAGUAUUUACGUUCGAUAAUAAAUCGCGCGUGCGUUAAGCUUUCGACAAUGCAAGAUGUAACAAAUUUUCUAUUCACGUUGCACCAACAAAGCUUUAUCUCCAUCGAUGGAUCCUAAUGGAUCUCGUGAUAAAAAACAUGUUGGGGGAUAUUCAACGAUUCGAUUUUUGUCAACGCUAUUAGGAAUAAAGAAAUGUCCGAUUGAAGGGGGAUAAGCUUUCUCGAUCGACGUGAAAUGAAAAAUCGUUUCUUGCGAGAAGGGGGAUGAGAGAGAUGGGGAUGAGAAUUGGAAGGUCAUAGAUCGCGUAAAUCGCAAAAAAAAGGAAGGUCUAUCGAUCGCGUGAGUCGAGUAAAUCGAAUUUUAACGCAGGUUAUUAUCGAGAAGAAAAGAGAGAGUGAGGAUAAAAAAGAGAGAGAAAGAAUAAGAGAGAAGAGGAUUACGUAAGAUACGAAUGAGAAUGCGAAAAAAUGAACGAUCUAAAGAUAUCUCGUCAGACUGAAAGACUACAAGGAUUACUUAUUAAAAUCCUUAUUUUUGAAACUGUUCUCGCAUGAUCGUCAUAAAAGAAAAAGGGCUGAGACAAGGGGAAGGGAUAAAGAGAAAAAGGGAGAGAGAGAGAGGGAGAGAAAGAGAGAGAAACAAAGAAAGAGAAAAAAGCGGUGAAAAAACACAAUGUAUUGGAGAAAUCCGUUGGUGGGUGUGCGAGUAUAUCUUCCCACUUAACGAUUUUUGAACUCCGAGUACGCAUUUGACAAAGAUACAAUUUUUAUCGAACGUAGUUACAUAGGAAACCUGCGUACGAAUCUGAACGAUUGUUUUAAGCGAGAGAGAAAGAAAGAAAGAAAGAUAGAAUAUUUUGUGUGUGUGUGUGUGGAGUAUACAUGUGUAUUGUAUAAAUAGUAAUAUCCGUGUAUGUGUGUGUAUGUGUGUGAUAUAUUUGCGUAUUAUUAAAUACGUCAAAUCGAAUCGGUGUAAUUUUAAGCCUGUAAAAAAAAAGAACGAAAGUGCAUACCUUCGAUUUUUGUAGAGAAUAAAAAAGAAAGAGAGAAAGUGUAUGUGUUUGUGUGUGUGUGUGUGUGUGUAUAGAGAGAGAGAGAGAGAGAGAGAGAGAGAGAGAGAGAGAGAGAGAGAGAGAAAUGAAAAAAAAGCAAACGAUUGUAUGACUCGCUGGAAUUUAUCUAUUAGAAAAAUUUUAUUACGUAUUAAAAUAAAUUUAAUUGAUUUACAUGUGUAAACAAGACGAUUGUGUAAGAAGGAGUAUAUAGAUAAAGCGACGGACAGAUUUAAAAUGGUAAAAAAAAAAAAAGAUGAUUCUAAAUAAUUAGGAUGACAUUAAGUGAUUGUACAUUUGAUCCUUAGAAACGCUAUUUGUUUACUAAAAAUAAACGCUAGACAACGUUGUACUACAAUUUAACAAAAAAAAAAAAAAAGAAAAAAAGAAAAGAAAAGAAGUGCAGCGUCGUGAAAGGAACAACAAAAAAAAAAAAGAAAUAAGAAAUGCUAAGGUAACGAAAAAAAGUAAAAAAUGUAUUACAUAUACAUAUACUAUGGUACAUAUAAAGUAAACUACAUAAUAUUAGUUUAGUAACGACUAUUAUUAUCUCUUUUAUUAUGAUUAUUAGUUAUUAAUUAUUAUAUUAUUUUAUUAUCAUCGUCAUCGAAUAAGAUGAGAGCGACGCGAUCGAUUGGUAAAAAGUACAUCCGUUGCCAGUGGUAUCGGACAAAUUUUAUCUAACCGCAUAGUGUGUUGUAAAUGCCAAAUCAAAUCAAAAAAAAAAAAAAAAAAAAAAAAGAAAAGAAAAGAAACGAAACGAAACGAAAUGAAAAGAAAAGAAAAGGAAAGGGAAAGCGUUUUUAAUCGACCGAAUAAAAACAAAAUCAGUUUGCUAAAAUGGGAAGGAGAUAGACAUAGCGAAAAACGUAAACCUGUAAACGAGCCGCCUCAGUUUUAGUGGGGUGCUCGAUGGAGAAGAAAGGGGUGGGCUUUAAAAUAAUGCUGGUGCUGUGCUGUGAUUUUUAUAAAAAAAUAAAAAUAAAAAGAAAGAGAGUGAGAGAGAUAGAAAAAAAAAAAAAGAGAGAGAGAAGGAACGAACGAACGAACGAACGAACGAAAAAGUCAGAGGCCCGAGUACAUAAAAGAAUCGCUCUAUAUCGUCUCUUUUAGUGAUCUUAAAAAGGGACAUUUUUAUGAAAAUGUGCAGAUAGCCUAAGUACCUGGACCCUGCCCUACGUUCUUCGCCAGACUAUAAACGGAGAUAAGAAAAAAAAAAAAAAGGAAGACAAAAUUACGUUCUUACCGAUUGUAUAGGCUGUAUAAUGUAUUUGCUUUGAAACAAAUUUAAUAUAGAUUGUUAAUCGCUAAUUAUGAGAGAGAAAGAGAAGAAAAAUGAAAUGGGGGAGGAAAAAAAAGAAAAGAGGAAUAUGGCGGAGAAAAGAAGGAAGAAGAAGAAGAUAAAAGGAGCUGUCUCCAAUCGUAUAAUAACGUUUCCUUUCGUGAAUUUUACCCGACAACAAUAACAACAACAACAAGAACAACACAGCCCUCGCAAAUAAAAAGCCUUAAUGUACCUAACGCAUUUGCAAUCGCAUAUACGUUACCAGAAGGUGGGAUAGAAAUUUAAUCGCACUAUAACGACGACGACGACGACGAUGACGACGUAUCCAGGGUCGCCCACGCACAGACAGGUCGUCCUCGCCCCCGCGCCCCCCUUUACCACCCUAAUGUCUAAUAGAAAACGAAUGUAAUUAGCAAUUGGAGACAAUCUCCGGACUAAAGAUAUAAUCUAGCAAGUACUAUUUGCCACGACGUAGCAUAAUUACACAUUAAAAAAGAAAUCAUCGAGUGGGAGUUGAAUUAAAAGAGAAACAAAGAAAAGAAGAAUAUUAAAACAAAAACAAAAAUAUAUAUGGACUGAGACAACACGACACAAUUAACAAAAAGGACCUGUAUUCCUCUCGUCUCCUUUUUUUUAGAAUGAUAAAAAUAGUGAGUCGUUACGCGCUUUAUAUAUAUUAUACAUCUCGAAUAUAUGAAUAUACGAAUAACAUAAAAACGUACAGAAGCAAAUACAGAAAUGCAGGCAUCUUGUCGUUAAAUUGUAAGAUAUUGUGUUCAAACUCCAGAAUGUACUCUGAUUCCCUUCCCCAGACUACUAUAUAUUAAAUAUAUUGUGCACUAUGCUCCAACUUGUCCAUACAAAUAAAUAUAUGAAAAAAUCUCAAUAAUGUUUUUAUUACCGGGCGUGGCAGAUUUCAAUGUACGAUAUAUAGCAUCUUCUUUGAUAAAUUUAUAGUUAAAGUAUUUCAAAACAAUUAUAACAUUAGACAAACGUUAUUGCAUUUCUUUAAGGCAUAUGAUUGCCAAACGUGAUUCGUAUUACACAUUGCAAGUGCGGGCUUUUGACUCACGUGAUCUGUACGACGCAUGCGCAUUGUUCGAAUCGAUUUUUUAUAGUCGUCUAAAAGUACCUAACGAAAGCAUUAUAAUGAUAUUCGAGGUUAUACAAGCAUUUUAAAGAGGCUUAUAAGUAACAUCGACGACGUUAAUAAAACGUGAAUAUUUAAAAAAAAAGAAAGAAAAAAAAGUGCAGAACAUCAAUUCUAAAAUAUGGAUGUAAUUGAAUAUAAAUUAACCUCAAAGAAUCCAGUUUUAAUAUCGCAUGCAGUAUCUAGACUUUAUGAAAUAAUCAAAGAGAAGUACAAAAAUGGAACAUCUAAAGAUGUUACAAAGAUACCAGAAUAUAAAUUGCUUAUAUCAAAAUUUGAAAGCAAAGAUAAAAUACUUACUACAUCUAUAUGUCAAGUAUUAGUUAAACUUGUAGAAAAUGAAAUAAUAUCUGUUACUACGGCUCUGUGUACUUUAAUAUCUUAUAUUUCUUCUACUAACAAUUAUGUUGCAAUUACCGUAAGCAUGAGUCAUUUACUGAUAUUGGAUUUUAAACUUCAUGGUACUGAAGAUAACUAUUUAUAUACAUUGACGAUGCCUCAGUUUCCUUUUAUUACAAUUUUGAAAGAAGAAAAAAAUUCUUGGCGCACUGUAUUAGAUCAAAUGCAUUUUAUAAUGAACUAUCCUGAUAAACAGAUAAAGGAGAAUAGUAUAAAAAUUUUGAGGCCAGUCUUUAUAUUUAUUUUAUGCAAUCCUUCUUCAGCUUUAUCAGAUGGUUGUAAAGAAAAAACUUGGCAAUUACUUAAAUCUAGUAAUGCUUUAGAAUUACAAAUUGAAAUUCUAUUAUGGCUUCGUACAAAUGAUAUAGAUACUUGCUUGGAAACAUAUUAUAAAAUCUUUGGAUUUACAAUGGUAUCAUUAUCCAAAAAUGACAAAGAUAUUUGCAUAGCCUUACUCCCAUUAUUAUCGUCUGUUUGUAUAUCUUUUCUUGAACAUGGCUUUGACCCUGUAGUAAAUCUAGAUACAAUAUCUACUAUUAUAAAUAAAUAUGAUAAUUUAUCAGGAAAUAUUUUACUAGCAUUAAUGUCUGAGAUGAUUGUGAUAUGUCCUGGAUAUUAUUUAAUCAAUGUUCUACAACUAUGUGAGCUUGUAUUGAAUAAAAUGUCAUGCAACAUAAUAUUGAUAAAUGUGCUAAUAGCAUCUAUACUAAAGUGGAUGCCUUAUCCUUCUGUGUUGUGUGCUGAAGCUUUAGCUGUAGCUAAUGCUCUGAUAAACAAAGCUGUUACUGAAGUAAAAUGGACAAAAGAAGUCAACAAUCCCCUUUCAAAAGGAAUAUUUGCAAAACUAAUUCAUUUUGAUCCGUAUAUUCAAUUUUACACAGAAAGUAUAGAUGUUUUAAAUACAAUAACAGAAAGUAAUAUUUUAUCAUGGUUGAAAACAUUAUCAAAAAGUCCAAUUGAUUUACGUUAUAAAUACAGAUUAAUUCUUUCUGGUUUGUUUUUACAAAGUGAGGAUGUCAUUCUAACAAAAGCCGUUUGUGAUAUACUUAUGCAAAUUACUAAAGAAGUAAUCAUUUUUGCAUCUCACAUGUUACCAUUAAUCAUGCAUAAGUUAUCAAAAUCUCGUGAUCCUGAUGAAUUGAAAUACUUGCUUCUUACGUUACCCGAAUUAGUAAUAAUAAAAGAAAAUGUACCAAUUAUAAACAGAACAUUGCAAACAUUAUUCCGCAGUGAAGGACCAUUAAAAUAUUUCGCUCUCGAACUCUAUUUGACGAUGAACGAUAGAGAUCCGCGUUGCUAUCGGUAUCUUUCAUCUGCACUUAUGGAAACAUUACAAAAUGAUAAAUCGUGGUAUGCUGAUGUAACUUGUGCUAAAGUAAUCAAACACAUUUGCGAAGAACGUCCGGAAUGUGCCGAAGAACUUGCCCCACUUAUUUCACAAAUAUUAAAUAAGUGUGUAGAUACAAAUGGCAGUGCUGCAACAGCACUUGCACUUAAGAGUAUUUCUGCUCUUUGUAGGUCUUCUGUUAUUAGUAUUGCCUCAGUUUGGAAAGUGUUAGCACCAAAAAUGAGGAAAGAAAAACGUACAAUUGUUAUGAAAACUUUAUGUGAAUUCUUUGGAAAUAUUCCAUCCUUUUUAAAUAAGAACAGCAUCGCAUAUGACACCUUGAUCACGGAUGUAUUAGAAAUAUUAUGGUCAUAUGUUAUACAAAAUAAUCCAGAGAUAAGUGAGGCUGCACUUAAAGCAAUUGCUAUGUAUCGUAUAGAUGACAUUCCAUUAAAAAUGUUACCGGAUGAUUUUAAAUACAGUACUACAACAUCACAAUUAAGUACAUCAGCUUCAAGUAAUACAAAACCAGUAAAUAUAUCACCAGCUAUAUUAAACACAUGCUGGAUCAAAAUGUUAGAGAAAGUCAAUAAAAUGGUUUUAAAUGCAGCUGGUAAUGUUUUAAUUUCAUUCAUUACGAAUGAAGUUAAACAUUUUCGAUCUGGCAUAUAUAACUGGCCACAUGGAGAGCCAAAUAACUUCAAAUAUUUACCAGAAAGAAGUAUUAUAAGGGUAGUUGGUGAACAUUUGAGACGUAUAGAUGGGACUAAACCUUUCAACGAAAAUGUCGCUAUAGAAUGUUUACGGAUAUUUGCAUUUAAAUAUCCAAAACCUUUGCCUAAUAUAAAUUGGAAUUUCUUACAUAAGAUUAGUGAAAUAUCUCAUAAAGCUAAAGAAUAUAGUCUUACUAUUGCAUGUCAUCAUUCAGUCAUAUCAUCAUCCGCAAGAAACUUUGUUGAACAUUAUUUAUCAAGGUUCGAAAGUGAUAAAAAUAUAGAAGAUUUAUUAGAAAGUAAAGAACAUGAAAUAUUGUAUUCAAAUUUAGAAAUUCUCUGUGAAGCUAUGCAAGUACAAAAAGUAAAACCAUUUUUAGAUAUGACAUUAUCAUAUGCUGUAAUAAAUUUAUUCAGUGAUGAUGGCACAAAUGUAAUUUUAUUUAAAAAUAUUAUGCAUUCCUAUGCUAGAGCUUUAAAAACUGAAACAAUAAAUGAUGCUAUUCGUACAUUACUCUCUACUACUUUAAGCAAUCUUUUAGAUGAAAUAGACUUAACACAAGAUUAUUAUAAACCAUAUAUUUCUGCAAUAUUAGCGUUACCAGUUGAAUACAUAGAGAGAAUGACAUCGCCUGAUGUAUGGUGGGAGACACCCUUAAAAAAAUUGAAAAAUGCUGUAAUUAUAAGAGCAGAAUUAGCUAUAAAUAACGACAUUGAGAUGCCCUUAAAUUGUAUGAAUGAAUUAAUUGAUCUAGUCUCAGCUCUACCCAGUAUACAAUUAUACUUGUUACAAGAAGUUCAAAGAGUGCAAACUGAAGUGAAAUUUAAAAUGUAUACAUCAGAUUGGGUUGUAGAUUUUUUAAAUCGUGUUCAAGUAAUUAUACCAGAAAUAUCUGAAGAAGAUCAACGUAUUUUAUUUUACUGUGAUGUUUUUUUCGUCUCUAUUAUUUGUUUCUCUGGAAUGGAUUGCAUAAUAAUGGAUACAUAUUCUAUUAUAUCCUCACAACAUGUCAGAGCAAGAUUAUUUCCACAAGCUAUGGCUAUGCUUGCUGAUAUACAAUAUUGGAAAGAUAAUAUAAUCCCUCAGGUAAUGGAGUGGUUACACCUAAUGAGAACAAGUCCCAUACCAGAACUGUAUAAAUCUGCAUUUCAUAAUUCAUUAAUUUCCUUAAAACAUCAUCCACAUUAUAAUAAGAAUUGGUUUACCUAUUUAUCAUCGAUUUAAGAAUAUGUAUGAAUGUAAAUGUACAAUGUGUAAAUAUACAAUAAUAAAAUUUA